CGCGGCGCAGGCACCGGCCCGGGAGCGGCACCAUGAGCGGAUCACAGAACAAUGACCUGAAAAGACAGUUUCUGCUGGAGCGUCUGCUGGAUGCGGUGAAACAGUGCCAGAUCCGCUUUGGAGGGAGAAAGGAGAUCGCCUCGGAUUCUGACAGCAGGGUAACCUGUCUGUGUGCCCAGUUUGAGGCCGUCCUGCAGCAUGGCCUGAAGAGGAGCCGGGGAUUGGCGCUAACGGCAGCCGCGAUCAAACAGGCAGCAGGCUUCGCCAGCAAAACGGAAACAGAGCCCGUGUUCUGGUUCUACGUGAAGGAAGUCCUCAGCAAGCACGAACUGCCACGCUUCUACUCCCUGCGCCACAUCGCGUCGGAUGUGGGCCGCGGCCGGGCCUGGCUGCGCUGUGCCCUCAACGAGCACUCGCUGGAGCGCUACCUGCACAUGCUCCUGGCCGACCGCGGCAGGCUCAGUGCUUUUUAUGAAGACUGGUCCUUUGUGAUGGAUGAAGAAAGGUCUAGCAUGCUUCCUACCAUGGCAGCUGGUCUGAACUCCAUCCUCUUUGCCAUCAACAUCGACAACAAGGAUUUGAACGGACAGAGUAAGUUUGCUCCUACCGUGUCAGACCUCUUAAAGGAGUCCACGCAGAACGUGACAUCCUUGCUGAAGGAGUCCACGCAGGGGGUGAGCAGCCUCCUCAGGGAGAUCACAGCGUCGUCUGCUGUCUCCAUCCUCAUCAAACCCGAGCAGGACACUGACCCCCUGCCCGUCGUGUCCAAGCACGUCAGCGCCGAUGCCAAAUGUAGAAAGGAGCGGAAGAAGAAGAAGAAGGUGACCAACAUUAUCUCUUUUGACGAUGAGGAAGAGGAGCAGAACUCUGGCGAUGUUUUUAGAAAGAUCCCCGGGGCCGGGGAGAGCUCAGAGGAGAACUCCGACCGCUCCUCCGUCAAUAUCAUGUCGGCGUUCGAAAGCCCCUUCGGGCCGAAUUCCAACGGAAGUCAGAGCAGCAGCUCGUGGAAAAUCGACUCUCUGUCCCUGAACGGGGAGUGUGGGUACCAGAAGCUCGACGUGAAAAGCAUCGACGAUGAAGAUGUGGAUGACAAUGAGGAUGAUGUGUAUGGGAACGUGUCGGGCAGGAAGUGCCUGGGUCACUCGGGCUCACCCGAGAAGCCUCUGGAUGCAGACACCCACCUCUCCCAGAUGCACAGCUGGGCUCCCCUGCAGGUGCUCCACGGCGAUGCCGAUGUCCUCUUCCCGGUCAGCGGAGUGGGCUCCUACAGCCCGGCAGAUGCCCCCCUUGGAAGCCUGGAGAACGGGACAGGACUGGAGGACCACGUUCUCCCGGAGCCCGGCCCCCGGUACAGUGUGGAAGCCAGUCCUCCCGGCCAGGGAAGCCCUCUGAGCAACCUGUUACCUUCCGCCUCCGUGCCAGAAUCGAUGACAAUUGGUGAACUGCGACAAGCUAUUGUGGCCAUGAUGAAUAGGAAGGACGAGCUGGAAGAAGAGAACAGGUCUUUGCGGAACCUACUGGACGGGGAGAUGGAGCAUUCAGCGGCGCUGCGGCAGGAGGUCGACACCUUGAAAAAGAAGGUGGCUGAGCAGGAGGAGCGGCACGUCCUGAAGGUCCAGGCGCUGGCAAGAGAAAACGAGGUGCUCAAAGUCCAACUGAAGAAAUACGUAGGAGCUGUCCAGAUGCUGAAAAGAGAAGGUCAAGCAGCUGAAGUUGUGCCAAAUCUUUGGAGCGUUGAUGGAGAAGUUACAGUCGCCGAGCAGAAGCCAGGCGAAGUGGCAGAGGAGCUGGCGAGCUCCUACGAGAGAAAGCUCAUCGAGGUGGCGGAGAUGCACGGCGAGCUGAUUGAGUUCAACGAGCGCCUGCACAGGGCCCUGGUGGCCAAGGAGGCCCUCGUGUCCCAGAUGAGGCAGGAGCUCAUUGACCUGCGGGGACCGGUUCCCGGAGAUUUGAGUCAAACGUCCGAAGACCAGAGUUUGUCGGAUUUUGAAAUAUCAACGCGGGCACUGAUCAACGUGUGGAUCCCGUCGGUGUUUCUCCGGGGCAAAGCGGCGAACGCCUUCCACGUGUAUCAGGUCUACAUCCGGAUAAAAGACGACGAGUGGAAUGUCUACCGGCGGUACACAGAGUUCAGGAGUUUGCACCACAAGUUACAGAACAAGUACCCGCAAGUGAGGGGCUACAACUUCCCACCCAAAAAGGCCAUUGGAAACAAGGAUGCCAAGUUUGUGGAGGAGCGGAGGAAGCAGCUCCAGAAUUACCUGCGCAGCGUCAUGAACAAGGUCAUCCAGGUGGCCCCCGAGUUCGCCGCCAGCCCCAAGAAGGAGACCCUCGUGCAGCUCAUGCCCUUUUUUGUUGACGUCCCCCCUCCUGGAGAACCGCUGACCAAGAACACCCGGCCCAAAGUGGCUUCCCGCUUCCCCAAGCUGUCCCGCGGUCACCCCAGAGAAACCCGCAACGUGGAGCCCCAGAGCGGCGACCUCUGACCUCUGCUGAAUCCCAGACUUGGGCCCUAUGUGCUGCGCCAGCUGCCUCCGCCCAGCCACUCCGUGUCCCGCCCAGCCCCAGCAGCCGGCCCCUUACCCCCCCGGAGUGCGCCCCCCCAUCACCUGGUGGAGCCCCG